AUGUCAAUCGACAUCUAUUGUCUGGAGCGUGAUCCCCGUCCUAUCUAUCUAUCUAUCUAUCUAUCUAUCUAUCUAUCUAUCUAUCUAUCUAUCAAAAUCUAUUUCUUACUGUUUCUUAUCUAUCUAUCUAUCUAUCUAUCUAUCUAUCUAUCUAUCUAUCACAGUAUAUUCAUCUCUAUCUAUCCAAUAUAUCUAUCUAAAUAUGUUCUUUAUCUAUCUAUCUAUCUAUCUAUCAAAAUUUUUUUCUUAUCUAUCUAUCUAUCUAUCUAUCUAUCUAUCUAUCUAUCUAUCUAUCUAUCUAUCUAUCAAAAUCUGUUUCUCAUCUAUCUAUCUAUCUAUCUAUCUAUCUAUCUAUCUAUCUAUGUACUUAUCGCUCUCUCUCUCUCUCUCUCUCUCUUUCUGUGUCCCUUUCUCGCUAUCUCCUUUUCUAAACUUUUCAUUUAUUCCCUGUUGUCCAAUCUAAAUUUCCAAACCGUCUGUUGCCACCAUUUUUACGAUCUUUUCCCUCUUCGUGUAUUUGUUGCCCUCCGCUAUCCACCUCCUUCGCGUAUAAACGAUCCUUUCUCGGGAGAUUGGCAAGUGGAGAUGAUCUAA